AAGAUGCACAUCCGACGGCUAGAUAUAACCAGUCUUUUUCACAAUUUCGUUAAAUAAAGAAGCCAAGAGCCUAGAGUGACAGAAAGAAAAUGCUGGUCACAGAACGGAGCUUUAUCACCUCCUCCAACUUCUCUCCUUAUCUUCUCUUUCAGAACAGAAAUGGAAAGAGAUUCAAACUCAAACCCGCAUCAGCCAGAAAACGUGAUUCCACUGAGAAACUGGGAACACAACGGGAACCCAUCUUUCCUUUGAGAGUGUCAAACGUCCUCCUCGCCAGAUCUGCGGUUGCCGUCUUUGGUUUGGGGUUCGUUGAUGCUGGGUACAGUGGAGAUUGGUCAAGAAUUGGUGUGAUUUCAAAAGAGAAUGAGGAGUUAUUAAAGAUUGCUUCAUUCAUAGUAGUGCCUCUGUGUCUUAUUCUCAUAUUCUCUUUCUCCAAGCAAGCUGAAGAGGCUUAAAUUUUUCACUGUACCAGAGUAUUUGAAUAUUGCCACAGACAGUCUGUUCCUUAACUGAAAUUUAAGUGGCAGAGCUCAAAGUAUCUUUUCAAUGCCACAGAAACUAAUUUAGCAAUCA